UAGAAGUCGCCCUUUCCCUUUCAUUCACGGAAUCCUGGAGGGUGGGAUGACUGAGUGUUGCCAUCACGCGUUCCCUCCGACAUCUCAAUACAUCCCCUAUGGUCAAGGUCGUCGCGACUGCCGCACGAGAUCCCGUUACCUGUCCAUCCUUUUUACCUGGAGAAAGCGUCUGUGACGGCCAGGGCGGAGCGGCGGCCUCUUCCACUUUCACCGACCACCAGCGGCAUGGCUGACGUAAUACUUAUGUCGGAUGGCGGUCUUAUUACUAUCAUUAUUAUUAUUAUUAUUAUUAUUAUUAUUACGAGUAUUAUUAUUAUUAUUAUUAUUAUUAUUACUAUUAUUAUUAUUAUUAUAGCCGACACGUGCUCCCUCCGAUAUCUCAGUACAUUCCCCUAUGGUCAAGGUCGUCGCGACUAUCCACGCCGUACCGCCAUAAUCUCCAGUCUGCCGACGUAUAUAUGUCAUGAAAAGGUAAAGUUUAAAGUCAGUCUGUUAGUUGACAGGGUUUAAAAAACAUGUCAUUGAGAGAUAGUGACGAUAUAUACGUAUACCUAUCUUCUCUUGCAGGUGGUAGGUCAUUUCCCAACAACACAACAACAGAAUUUGAAAACAGAAUCUUACCCAUUCAUUUAGACACCGGCAGGGAUUAUGAAGUCGGCCUGUGUAAUAUUUUAUUCCCUAAAUAUUUCUACUGCAUUGCGGAAGGGGAUCCAAAUUCCAGUAUAUCGUUCUAUGGUCGGGUUAAGCAGUCAGACUUUGAUAUGUAUGAAUAUAAUAUGUAUACCUAUCUACCGGAAAGGAAUAUCAUCUCCAAUUUUACCGAUAAGAACAUACCAGCCAUAACUAAGGCAAUUAAUGGACAGAUAGUGAAAGAACUUCAAGCAAUCUUGAAUGACUCCUUUAAGAUCUAUUUCCCUUACUCGGAUAUCAUUUAUUAUGACCGCGACUUGGAGCGGGUCGUUGUGAAUAACGCGAUUGUCCCUCCUAAUGACGAUCGUAUUUACAGUGAUAUAAGUAUAAAAUUUGCAUCGCAUAUAGCUCACAUUCUGGGUUUCAAUCCAAAUUUUCGCUACACCGUCUACUUUCAAAGAUCUGGCGACGGCAUUUCAUCUUCCGACGCCAGCGAAGCUUCCUCCUCAUCACCCAUAAAAUUAUUCGCUCAAUACGUACCGCGAGCUGAUGCAGGGACGGAUUAUAUGUACGUUUAUACCGACAUCAUUUCCCCCUCGCGAUUUGGCAACCAACUAGUUAAUAUAUUAGACGUCAUACCACUCCCCGGCGACAGCACCAGUAAAGGUGCGAAUUCAAUUACGUAUAAACCACUUUCUGCAUCAACUAUAGAGAGUGUGGCCAUCAAAAUUGCUAAUCAAAGAGGCAAACCUAUUCAGUUUGAAGAUGGGGAAAACAGUGUUACUUGCGUGUUACAUAUAAGACCACGUUAACUUUGCGUCUCGGACGUAAAAUUUUGAAGAGAAUCGAUCAAGGUGGGAUAAUGGGUGGAGUGGAGGAUAAUGAAACAGGCAGGUGUUGCCUACUUCCGAGUCAAGGCACGCGCCUCGCGACCAUCUGCGCGGGAAGCUUCAGUGUUUCCCCGCACGGCAUGGCGGCCGGGACAAAGUGUUGACAAUGUUAUAGAAAAAAAAGAAAAGAAAAUGGGUGUUCACUGUGGAACAGCAGAGGCGCGGAUUUUAUGUGAAGUGUGUGGGAGAUGGCGCACUAAUCCAUCCUGCCCCUCAUGUGUGGAAGACCAGUGUGAUUUAUGCGAGCGGUGUGGACUUCUGUUUCCACAUCCACCGCCAGAACACACCUGCGAAGUUGGCAAUCCUGCUUCUUCUGGCUCACACUCGAUUGAGGUUGAGCAGAACGGCGGCGUAGAAGGCCCACGUCGGCGGACGUCACAAGGCGACAUCCCACGCGGAGGCGGGGGAAGAGACUCGCCACGGCCGGGACCGAGUGGAUUAUCGGGGAACGUAUUCAAUUCUUCCGAGACUUCAAGUCCUUCCCUACCUACACAAGGCACGCCACAAGCGGAGGCGGACCACGAUGAGCGCAGCAUGGCAGGAGAGUCGGCGGAUGCAGACCUUGACGAGCGCGGGAUGCCGGAAGAGCCGCGGUUAAUUGACUCGAGGGAAAAUUUUAUGAGGAGCUUCGCCAGACAUCAAUAUGACAUACCUGAUCAUGUAAGCAGAGAUCCACUCGGUCUACUUACCGAAUACAGGGAGUUCUUUAUACGGGAAAUUAGAUCAUAUUUCACGUCACACGGCUCGCCAUUCCCCCCCACCCUAAAAAUAUUUUCACACAUUUCUCUGUUACUAGUGAAAUUCUCUACCUUAGGCGAGGAUGAACAUCGAGUCAUUCAUAUUGCUUUUAGAGCACGACUGAUCACCUAUCAAGAUGUGCCUGACCUUGUUGAUUUAUGGAUCCAUCAGCUGAACAGUCGGCUGGAAAGCCUUACCAGCGAGACUGAAGGAUCUGGUUUUAUCAUUUCAAGAGUACAGAAUUUUUUUAUCAACUAUUGCUUGCACGUCGCAUGUAGUGGCAUAGGAGAUUAUGUUGCUUAUCCUAGAGGCGUGCGAGGAGGGAAUGAAAUUUUCAAUCCUGAUGGCCGACAUUCAUCCUGUGUUAUUCAGUGUUUGGCGGCUUUCAGACUUCAUGCUCGAGGUGUACCUUGGAAAAGAAUUCCAAAAAUAUUACGGAGACGGCAUGGCGGAGAGAAAUACGUCACGCGCGGAAAAGUAGGCAGUCCAGUGACUUGGGAGAACUUGAGUCAGUUAGAAAGGUUAAAUUGUCUGUCUCUGGACGUUUAUACACUGACAAAAAGCGGUGAGAUAUACUAUUUAACAUUAUCAAGAAAAGGCUCGCGGAAGUAUAAAACUGUAGUCUCACUCCUUUUACUAGGUGGAAAACAUAUGACGCUCAUUAAAGACGUGGAGAAGCUGCACCGGAAAUUGACGAGAAGCAGCCCCACCCCAGAGGGUCAUCAGUUUUGCAAAGUAUGUUUCAGCUCAGUUCCCAAGUCUGUCAGUUUGAGCGAUCACGAGUGUCACUGCGACUUCACUCAAACUCUUCUCUUUCCAGGUGACGGUGAAAAAGUAAAAUUUAAAAAUUUUGCCUACACCUAUCAGCCUGCAUACUUAGCAUUUUUUGAUUUUGAAACUAUGAUAAAACCUAAGGAGAAUAGGAGUGUGAUAGCUGAACAUGACCCAAUUGGAUACUCGUAUCUCAUCAUCAAUAGGCAUGGAGAUGUCGUGGAAAAGAGAAGUUAUUUCGGUGAAGAUCCCGUGAAUAAUUUCAUUGAUAGCCUAUCCAAUGCUUGGGGAAUCAUCAAGGAAAGUGUAGUUAGCUAUCCAAUUAGCAUGUCUGCGGAGGAUGAAGCCCACUUCAAACGUUAGCGUCACUGCGAGCUCUGCCAUCAACCCUUUAAUGUGAAAACCCCACCUCAUAAACAUCACGACCACUCAUUACCACAAAAUAAUUACAAGGGGGCUUUGUGCGCGCGAUGCAACCUCCAGUGUCGUGACAUGAGGAAAUAUCUCAUCACUCUGGCACAUAAUAUGAGCUUUGACGUCUCCUUAAUCAUAAAAGACCUUCACUUGCCAGAGUCGCACGUGGACAUCCUUGCCAAGUCAGAAUCGCAUUUAUUGAAAGUAAGGAUUAAGGAAUUGCAGUUUCAGGACACGCUUUCCAUUAUGAAUGCUGGCCUCGGUCAUCUCGCUCAGAGUCA